GGUGUCGCUAACAGCUGCUUGGAAAGGGUUGGGGGGAUGCAAGGGGCGUGCGGACAGUAACUCGCCACGUGAAGGUGUUGGGGGGGAGGUUUGGCUUCGCAGGCGGGGUGAACAAACGAACGUUUUCCUGUUUCCCACCUGUGCCUGAGUAAAUCAUCUGCUGCCCGCGUGGCUCCUUCCUUCUCCAAGUGACCAAGCACAAGAGCGAGGUUUUGAGUCCCGGGAUCAUGGCUACGGACUGGCUGGGGAGCAUCGUGUCCAUCAACUGCGGAGAAAGCCUGGGCGUCUACCAGGGCCGAGUGUCUGCCGUGGACCAGGUCAGCCAGACCAUCUCCCUGACCCGGCCCUUCCACAAUGGGGUCAAGUGCCUCGUGCCAGAAGUCACCUUCAGGGCAGGUGACAUCACUGAGCUGAAGAUUCUGGAGAUCCCAGGCCCGGAGGACAGCAGACCAUGCGGGGAGCUGCAGCAGACAGAACUGGGCAUCCCGGGGGUCGGCUGCCAGGUGGGGCCCAGCCAGAACGGCACCGGCAAGAUGUUAAAGAAGCCCAUGUGCAGCAGCGCCCCACAGAACAUCCCCAGGAGGACGGACAUGAAGAGUCAGGACAUCAUCAUCUCGCCCCAGCAGCAGUGCUCCAAGAGCUACAUGGAUCGGCACGUGGAAACCCUGACUCAGUCCAAAGGCUUUCGGCGUAGGCACAAUUCCUGGUCGUCCAGCAGCCGCCACCCGAACCAGGUGACCCCGAAGAAGAGCGGCCUGAAAAAUGGGCAGAUGAAGAGCAAAGACGAUGAGUGCUUCGGGGACGACAUCGAUGAAAUCCCAGACACGGAUUUCGAUUUCGAGGGGAACCUGGCCCUUUUCGACAAGGCAGCUGUGUUUGAAGAGAUUGAGACUUACGAGAGGCGGAGCGGCACCCGCUCCCGGGGCACCCCAAGCGAGAAGCCGGCUCGCUACCGGCACGACGAGAACAUCCUGGAGUCGGAGCCCAUCGUCUACAGACGGAUUGUCGUACCCCAGAACGCGAACAAAGAGUUCUGCACUGACUCCGGGCUGGUGGUUCCGAGCGUGUCCUACGAGCUGCACAAAAAGCUGCUGUCGGUGGCCGAGAAGCACGGGCUGACUCUGGAGCGCAGGCUGGAGAUGACGGGGGUGUGCGCAAGUCAGAUGGCGCUCAGCCUCCUCGGGGGGCCCAACAGGCUGAACCCGAAGAACGUGCACCAGCGGCCCACGGUGGCCCUGCUGUGCGGCCCCCACGUCAAGGGGGCGCAGGGCAUCAGCUGCGGGCGGCACCUCUCCAAUCAUGACGUCCACGUCAUCCUCUUCCUGCCCAACUUCGUCAAGAUGCUGGAGUCCAUCACCAAUGAGCUGAACCUCUUCAGCAAGACGCAAGGCCAGCAGGUCUCCAGCGUCAAAGAUCUCCCCGAUACCCCUGUUGACCUAGUGAUCAACUGCCUGGAUUGUCACGAAAAUGCCUUUCUGAGAGAUCAGCCUUGGUACAAAGCAGUCGUGGACUGGGCCAACCAGAACCGGGCACCCGUCCUCAGCAUAGACCCUCCCAUCAGCGAAAUGGAGCAGGGCAUCGAUGCCAAGUGGUCGCUGGCCUUGGGGCUGCCCCUGCCGCUGGGCGAGAGGGCAGGGCGCGUGUACCUCUGUGACAUUGGCAUUCCCCAGAAGGUCUUUCAGGAGGUGGGGAUAAACUACCACUCGCCCUUCGGCUGCAAAUUCGUCAUCCCCCUGCACUCCACUUAGAGCCCAUCCAGCCCCACGGAUCUGAAGGGAGAGAAGAGAGCAGGAUGUCUGUCAAAUAAAGCUGUCUGGUGGAUCCCGGCUAGUAAACUCGUGACGCCUUAAGGAUGUGAAGUUCUGGAGAGUUUCCUUCCAGAAGAAAAGUUGUGUAUUUAAAAAAAAAAAAAAAAAGAAAAAGUCAUAAAGUGAAAGCAAAAAAGAAGAAAGCAAACCUUCCUGCAGAGCUGUCUUCAUUCUCUUGUGCCAUUGUGUGAAGGGACACUCAGGAAGGUGGUGCCUGUCCCUGGCCAAGGCAGCCAGUGCUGCCCCGGCCUGGCCAGGGGGCUGUCGGAGGGGCUGUUUGAGAGGGUCUGCUACAAGCGGCGGGUGGCUCGGAGGAUUGAGACUGAUUUCCCAGCCCUUCAAGGUGUCCUGCUGGGAACAGCACCCCUUGGUUGUGUAGAAAUAACCUUUUGUUGCAGUUGUACCGGGAGGGAGGAGUUGGUUUUGCUCGGUUCUUUUGGCUCCCCCCCUUCGUUUUUUUUUUGUUCACAAAGGCAGCUGCAGCUCGCUGGCUCUCCUGGCCCUCCGCUCCUCAAGGAGAGAGCUCCCUCUUCAGAAAGCUCGUGCCAGGGGCCAGAAGCUCUCAGGUAGCACAUGCUCCAGGAACACCCGUGUCCUCAGCUAGGUUUUACUCCUGCCCUCUGGCUUUUUCUUUGUUCGGGGAGCGAGGUGUGGUUUGGAAAAUAAUUAUUCUUUUUUUUUUUCUUUCUGGCACAGUGGUUGUCUGAAUCGGGGGAGGCGCAGGGAAGCAUUGCUCUGCCUGUUCCCUGCUGUGGGUGAUGUUCGGGUGAGCUCCCUCUUCGUGCUCUCCGUGCACCCGCAGCUGGCCCUGGGGUGACACAGGAGGUGCUGUGAGCUGAGCUGCGUCUGCCUGCUCCUGGUGCUGUGGCGCGGACAGGAGGCGAAGCUCUGCCAUCCUCCUGGGCCCUUUCCUCUCCCCAAAACUUCUGCUGGUCCUGAACCUGCCCCAGAGCCUGUUCUGGCAGCUUCCAGAGCUUCAGAGGGUGCCUUUCCUCUGGGGCAGCUGGCUUCCAGCUGGGGCUGGAGCACGGGGACAGCUGCCCAGUGCGGGGGAACGGCAGCGCAGUCGGGGCUGGGCUUGUUUGGGUGGUGGGCAGCUGCGAGUCCACAGGUCGGGCACCUGCAUUUAUUUGCCUUUUAUCUGCCUUAGAACACAGGCUGAGUGUCAGAGGAGGAAGGAGGCUGCCCUGGUGGAGCAGGAAUUUGCCUGGGAGUGCAGGUGUGACCCUGGGUAUGGGGGGAGAGAGGGAGCGAGAGCUGCUUUCUAAGAGCACAGGAGCAGGAGAUGCCAAAGUGGCAGAACUUGAGCAAGCUGGGCAGGGAUCUUUUAGUGCUGAGGUGGAAAAGGGAAGGGUUUGGGCAUUGGGAGUGAGGCCGAGCACCAGAGGGCUGUGACUGUGGGAAGGACAAACCCCAGCACGCCCCGAGCAGGGUUUGCUCCAGCUGGGUGUGUGUAAGUCCCUGGCCCCAUGGGAUUGAGCCCAGGGUGCUCAGAGAGCUGGCUGGUGUCACUGGGAGACCUCGCCAGUAUUUUUUUCAAAGGUCUUGAGAAUCUGGAGAGCUCCCAGUCGACCAGAGGCUGGUAAAGGUCAGCACUGGUGAGAAGGAAGGCCCUGGUCAUUACAGGGCUGCCAGGCUCACUGCAGUGCCUGGUGAGGUUAGGGAAAAGGUUAUUCUGGAGCUAGUGAAAAAUGCUUGAAAGACAAUUUUACUCCCUUUUAGGGCCAGUUCUCUGUGAUGCUUUUAUAAAUGACCUGGGCACGUGUGAAGUGCCCCAUCAGCUGCAGCUUCCCCUGCCACAUCUACCUCAGCAGGACCCAGGCUCUGCCCCUCUCGGUGUCCAGACCCCUGUUCCUAAAGCUUUUUCUGACAAAAUGCUCAGCCUGGGCUGCAAUGGCAUUUUGCAGGCUCUGCUCAGCUGCCUGGAGAAGGGGCAGCUGUGGGGCUGGCUGGGUGAUGUACAAGUGCAAGGCUUCUCUCUGCCUUUUUGUUUCCUCAACUCAUCUUUAACCAGGCAGAGGAGCAGCACCUGGGUGGAAAAGGUGGGCAGUCAGCUGCAGCCUGGUGCUUUAGUACAGCGUUGGUCCUAAUCCCUGCAUUAAUCCCUGCAUUUUUCACUUUCCUUACUCAAGACGCUGGGUAGGAGACCCUGCUGCUUAAAUCCCUGCUUUUCUUGGCUCCUUGGGGUUUGGCUGCUGAACUGCAGAUUGUACCCGUGGGGCAGUAGCAGUGUAUAAAAUAUCCAAGGCUUAAUCCCAGGGGCCUUGUCUGAAGCUGCAUGAGCCAGGUAACGCCACCCGUGCAGGUUUGGCAGGUGGGCCCAGCUCUGUUCUCACUGCGGGGGGGUUUGGGGGAGCACUGGGGCCCUGUGCGAGGCCAGCCAUGCAGCAGGAGGGCCCCAACUUUAAGAAAAAAAAAAAAGGAAGAGGUAGAAGGGGAGGGCAGGAGCCCUGAUGUAAGGAAAAAACUUCCUAAUUCCUACCUGGGUGGUGUGUGGGGCACAGCAGGGAGCCUUUACACUGCGCUCCCCUGCUGAAGGUGAGAGGAGCUGGGGGUGUUGGGCUGGGCUUCUUCUCAGUGGGUUACUGGAGGAAGGAAGCAGGGGCCCUGCCCACACGAAACGCAUCUUAUUUACAGGGGUUACUCUUCUGGAACACCCUGAGGGGCUGGGUCCCGUGGUUUCCCCUUCCCUCACCCUACUUUUUAACUGUUUGAGGUCGUUUCUGUCCCCGCACAGGCCCUGCCCGUGAGUGCUGCUCUGCUCACUGCCACGAGAAGAUCACUGCCCGGCCUCACCGCUCGGUGUUCCACGUGUGACCCCUCUUUGUAAUGACUGACUCCUGCCUCUGCGGGGGGCUGCCCUGAAAUAAAGUGCAACUAUUAAUGUGUGCUA